CUCCAUAAAAGACAAAUGGCAUUGGAGCUUUACAGCCGAUUGUGUCCAUUUCUUUACUGAGAUUGGCCUAAGCUACAUCGGUGGAAGAUGUUUAAGGUACGGACUGCUUUACUUUGGCUAAGCUUCGACGUCGCCCUGUCUGACGCAGUCGCUUACUUAGACGCUGCAAACUGGAUGAGGAGUAACAUCGAGUGGUUGGGCAAGAGGACACUGAAGGAGAUCUGUUUACCAGGAACACACAACUCCGGGAUGAGCAAAUUAUUCGGAGGGACAUCAUUCUCGAAGACUUGCAACAGCGUGAACCAGGGCAGGAACAUACGCAGACAGCUGGAUCUAGGAAUCAGAUUCUUCGACGUGAGACCGGUAAUAACCACUGGAGGAGUCUACAGGGUUGGCCACUACAGUAAGAUAUUUGGUAAUGUUUGGCAAGGCGGAUAUGGACAUACUAUAGAAUCAAUCGUACUUAACAUCAAUGCCUUCUGCAAAGAUCAUUAUGAAUUGAUUUUCUUCCGUUUGUCCCAUUCGCACAACACGGAAAAAGAAUACAGCUCUUUCACCCAACAAGAGUGGAACAAUCUUUUCCAGCUUCUUAAUAAGACAGAAAAUCUAUACCAUGCUACAGAAGACACCUAUUUUCCGAUAACGACUUUGGAAAAAUUUACGAAUAACGGAACAAAAGCUGCAGUUAUUUACAUCGUAGAUGAACCCAAGUAUAAAACCAGCCUCGGAGACUACACAGGAAAAGGUUUCUUCUACAAAUUCAGUCUUAAAAUAUUUGACAAAUAUUCGGAGACGGACAAGGUAGAUUUCCUGUUCAUGGAUCAGACCGCUAAGAUGAAGAAAGAAUCAGAAAAAAGGUACUUCCUCCUAUCUUGGACACUGACCCAGCAAGCGGUUGAUGCAACCAUGUGCCCGGCGAUGGGAAAGACCAUCAAAGAUCUAGCUUUUCAGGCAAACAGAAGGCUGAAAAAUAUAUUAUUGAAAAUAACAAAAACGAUAUAUCCUAACAUCAUAUCCAUUGACUACGUUGAUAACACUGAGCUGGUGGAAUUAGUAAUGGCUGUCAACCUUAAAUGGCUUACUGAAAAGUCGCUACAUUAAAAUUAUUGUAUUAGAAUAAAGAAGAAGUUUGAAUAAAGAAAGGACUAUAAUUGUGACAAAAAUGAUGUUGUUUUAUUCAUAAAUAAAAUUAUUAUUGUUUUACAAAUUAUUUUUUAAUAUUUU